CAUUUCCCAGAGACAUCGGUCUGGCACAUACAAGGGAACUCAAAUAUGGAUCUAAAGUCUUGGAUGAAUGAUCUGCUAAUGUCUACAGAAACCAUAAAGUUCAUCACUUGGAAUGUUAAUGGACUUAAAGAACAAAGAGAGCAGAAAUUGACAGAACUACGUAACAGUGAUGUUGUUUUCUUACAAGAGACUCACAUUGGGGAAGUAGAUGAUCAUAUCAUAAACCGCAUAGAAGAUGAGUGGCAUAUUUUCUAUACAAAAUAUACCCCAUCCCAGAAAGGAACAGCUAUACUCGUUAGGAAAACAUUAGACUUUGAAUUCAUCAGUGUUGAAAAGGAUAACUGUGGGGGUUAUGUUGUGUUAAAAUGUAAACUGAAAGGUCAGCUCUACACACUUGUAACUGUUUAUAACCACCACAGUGACACAGAAACCCUUGAAAAACUUGCAAGAUACCUGCAGUCGAUGACAACAGGGUUGCUGGUAAUUGGUGGGGAUUUCAACACCGUUCUCAACCCCUUUAUUGACAAGAACUGUAAUACCAACAAAGUGACUCAUAACCGAACUCAUGGUAAACUUCUUUCCUGUGUGAAAAAGUUCAUGAAAUCUCUUCAGCUGGUCGACAUCUGGAGAAGAAAAAACCCUGUAAAGCAGAAUUACACAUUUCACAGAGGCAACAUUUCCUCAAGACUGGAUUACUUCUUCACUCCAGAAGAAUGUUUGUGGCGUGUCACAAAUUGUGACGUCAUAGAUUUAGAAAGACCCGACCAUCAGCCUUUGUUCUUGAAGAUCAACAACGUCUCCACAGACACUUCACAGAAGAAUUUGCAAAUACAAUCACUCACCCGACUCAGUCAUAAACAUUUAAUGAUAGAGAUGACGGCUUCAUCAUUGGUUCAAGAAAGAGAACUCAGUGAGGUUGACAUUGUCUCAGCUUUACAUUCCCUUCAAGUGUCAGACACGCCAAGACCAGACGGAAUACCAGUUUCCUUCUAUAAAGAGAACAUUCAAGUUAUAAUUCCAUACAUAAAGAUGCUCUACAACAUGAUCCUCAGUGGUACAUUUAACUGCUCAGAGAGACGUUUCAAUGAAUCUGUGAGAAGUCCACAUGACAACAGUCAACAAUUCUUUAACGUUGACUACAUCAUCAUCGCAACUAUUCUAGCAAGACGCCUAGAAGACUUCCUGGAGUCUCAGUCAGAGGGACGGAUGCCGAAGGAGUCUGUUACUGUCCUGGUCACUCCUAAAACACUCCACACUCAGACAGUGCUGGAUUAUAUUACGGAAGAGUUGGGGAGACAGAGAGAGUCAAAUCCAAAUUUGUUUCAAGACUUCCGUGCAGCAACAAGCCUUGCUGGAAAUGUAGUGGACACGUCUGUGCCAUGUCAGGGCUGUCCUUUGACUCCAGUACUCAUAACAUUAGCACUAAAAUGCUACGCCUCACAGCUGUUUCAGGGUUUAGAAAAUCCUGUGUUUUAUAUUUUCAAACUAAGUGUGAUAGUUUGCUUUCUACCUGAGGACCAAGAUAGGGUACAUGCUAUUGUACGAAAUAGAAGUGAUGAAGAAUAUGACAUUGUGAAGUUGCACAGAGGAAAUGUUGAUAGACAGACGGAUGGAGCAGAAAGUUAUGAAAGUGAUGACUUCAUGAAUGUAUCUUCUUUGCCACCAGCUACAUGCAAAAUGUCAGCUAUGUAUGCUGUUGUUACCUUACAAGAUACAGAUGAAGUGAUGGUAACACCAUCAAAAUGGUUAAACGCAGACAAGACACAAUGCCACUGGCCCCCAUUCAGAUCAACAGAGAAGUUAAUGGAAGCUAUUGAAAACAGACAUGAGCCUUCGACAGCAGAAAAAACAUGGGAUAUGUUAAACAUAAUCUUCCAUGCAGAAGAUGACAAUUUUAAGGAGGCUACAAAGAAACAAGAUGAACUUGUAAAGUCAAAGAAAGAGAGGCCAUCUACCUCUCUUGACAAUACACUACUGACAUCACAAUCCACUCAAACGUUUGUUACUAGUCAAGGUGUUAAAAGAAAACAUGAUGAUGAGUCAUCGCUGAUCAAAGAUAUGGUCCCAUGGAAGACAGCAAAGCGGAUCAUGGAAAGAAUUAAAUUAAAAGUUCAGGCCACCCAGGGCACAGACAACACCACAACUACAAUAAAAACCCACAUUCUAGAUGCCAUUUCAAAGAUGGAUAAAGACAGAAAGAAGGCGACCAUUGGGAUUUUUGGCAGGACAGGUGAAGGAAAAAGCUCUUUAUUAAACGCAGUACUGGGAGAUGAGUCUUUACUGCCGUCUGGUGGUUUUGGUGCAUGUACAGCUGUUAUAAUUCAGGUGGAGGCAAAUCUGAAUGACUCCAACUACAUAGCAGAGAUUGAAUUCAUUUCUAAAGAGGAAUGGGAAAAUGAGAUUGCUUCACCGGAUAAUGGUGAGGAUAACCAAUUAACAGAAAUUUUCAAAGAAAGGAUCAUUGCCUUGUAUGGAGCUGAUGCUGAGAAUAAAACAUUAGAGGAGCUGAAGAGAGAUGACAAAUAUACUGAUAUUGACAAUGUUCUGACCACUGGUAGGAAGAAAAUAUCAAGGAGUGAUCCCUCUGAGUUUGUCAGUUGUGUCAGUCAUUACGUAGAACAUAAUGUAUCAAAUUCUGGUGGCUGUUUCUGGCCGCUUGUGAAGAGUGUGACGAUCAAGAUCCCAAACUGUCGUGAUCUCAUGGAGCACAUCGUCCUUGUUGAUAUUCCUGGGACUGGAGACUGCGACAAGAUCAGAGAUGACCUCUGGAAAACUAAAAUAAGAGAGUGCACUGCUGUGUGGAUUGUAAGUGACAUCAAGCGAGCGGUUACAGACAGAGACCCUUGGGGAAUAUUAGACCACUGCAUUGAAGACUUGGGACCUGGAGGAGAAUGCAAACACAUAAACUUCAUCUGUACUAAAACUGAUGAUAUGAAAACAGCAGAAUACCUCAGAUCUACAAAACUUACUGAGGCCCAGAUUCCAGGAUAUGGUUUGGAUCUAAAAACAAAGUGCACACUGCACAGAAAUGACCUUGCAAAGAAAUCAAUUAAACAAAAAUUGGGAAUUUCUAAAAGUGAGGAAUCAAAGGAACGAUUCAUCAUUGAUGUUUUCACAGUUAGCGCCACAGCAUUUUUUGAUGAGAAUUCACACCUGAAGCCUUCUGAAACAGAGAUCCCAAAACUAAAGUAUAUCAUGAUAAACCUAAACAAGAGCAUCAACCAAAAACUCAACGGAGAUUAUAUCAAUGAAGCAAAAGGAGUUUUGUCCUUGAUCCAAAGUGUCCAACUGGAUAAAGAUAAAAACAUGACAAAAGUCCUUGAAGAUCUUCAGAAGAACAUAGAGAAGGAACUGAAGCUGCUGGAUGUUCAUUUUAAAGCACUUCAUGAGAAUCUGAGCCGAUGUCUCUCAAAGGGUGUAGAAGAAUCAGUGAGAUUGAGUGUUAAGACCACACAGCACAUGUUAUUAUCUGUUCGGCCAAAAAAUAACAAAGGAUUCCACAGAGUUUUUCGAGCCAUGUGUGUGAGAGGAGGAUCCUACUGGCCAAGAAACUGGAACGAGCCAUUAGAUUUGAACAAGUGUUUGUCCAAACACAUGUAUGACAACAUAACUAAGGAGUUUGAAUUGAUGUUUCCUGUUGAUGAUACUGACAAAACAGUGAAAUCAAUGCAAGACAAGCUUGACAAGUUCAGCAUCAUCAAGUCCUUCUCCCCAACAUCACCCCUGCUACAUGCUAUUCAAAUCUUUAUCAAAACACAGGAAACCAAACUGAAGGCAUCACUCAGCAGAUACAUCGUAGAAAAGAAAAAGGAAAUCUACUUUUCUGUCCAAACAACCAUUCGGAGGCAAAUGGCUCCUGGCUAUGAAACAGCUGGAGAGAUAAUAGGAGAUGGAGCCAUGCAGAGGAUGGAGAAUGUAAUGAUAGAAACGAUUGAACAGUUAAAACAUCGAAUGUUCAAUGAGGGAAAAGUGAAAACACUCCAGGCAUUCAACGAAUUGAAGCUGCAUGUAAUGACAACUCUUGAAUCAGAGCUGAAGAGAUCAAUGGAGCGCAUGCUUUCACAAACCAGCAAAAUCACUCUGAUGGAUGUCUCCAGAGAGAUUCAAGAGAUGGAGGAACUGUUCAAGCAAUAGCUGGUUCUCCUUGAGAAAACCUCCGAAUAGGUGAAAUGACCAAUACAAACUUGUUUUAUAAUCUCAGUCAAAGCAGCAAAACUCAAAUAUGCCGCACUCAUUCCCAUUCCACAGGUUUUCAAGUAACCGGGCACCUGUGUGUUAAAGGUAGAUGACUGCAGUUUAGACUGAAGAGUUCAUACAAAACCAUGACUAGAUUCAAAAUCAUUUAAUAUAAAAGCAUCUGCCAAAUAAAUAAAUGUAAUGUAUUUUAAAUUAAUUCACUGUAUUUCAUUUCACUGAAUGUUUGAAACCAUUUUUUUGUACUUUAGUUAAAAAAAUUCAGACUGAGCAUUGAGCAUUAAGGUAUAACUCAGAUUAUUUAAUGGUCCAGUGAGUAACAGACUUUUCCUGUUUUAACAUUUGCUGUCUUAAUGCUGUUGUUGUUUUCACUGUUAGUUGCUUGUUGUGUUUAGACUUCUGUUUAGAAUGAAGCUUAAGGAUUGACAUUUUUGUGCUCCUUGUUGUUGAUGUCAAUGUCACUGGGUUGCAGAAAGUCACCUUUGCCGUCGUGGUAAAUUAAACAUGAACUGUGCAGUUAAUAACUACUGUAAUACUGACAAUGCUUUUGUAUCAUAUAUUUUGGUGCGACAAUUAACCUUUAAUUUUAUUCACGCAAUGCAAUAAAAAUAACAUUUACUACUAAA